AUGGCCAAUCGGACCGUGAAAGAUGCAGCCACGGUAAAGGGUACAAAUCCCCAGUACCUCGUGGAAAAGAUUAUACGGACACGUAUAUAUGACUCGAAAUAUUGGAAAGAAGAAUGUUUUGCGUUAACCGCUGAACUUUUGGUCGACAAGGGUAUGGAGUUGAGAUAUGUCGGUGGGAUAUACGCUGGGAAUGUGAAGCCGACUCCAUUUCUUUGUCUUUGUUUAAAGAUGCUACAAAUUCAACCAGAAAAAGAUAUUAUUGUUGAGUUUCUCCGACAGGAAGAAUACAAAUAUAUACGUGCACUAGCUGCAAUGUAUUUGAGGCUCACGUUCUCGUCGAUAGAGGUGUACAAAUAUCUAGAGCCACUUUAUAAUGACUAUCGGAAACUUCGUUAUAUGGACAAAAAUGGCCAUUUCCAGCUCAUACAUAUGGAUGAAUUUAUCGACCAUCUUUUGAGGGAUGAGAGGUAUUGUGACAUUCAGCUGCCCAGGUUACAGAGAAGAGAAGCUCUAGAAUCGAUUGGCGAAUUGCAGCCGUAUGUCAGCGCUCUUGAUGAAGACUUAGCAAAACUUUCCUCUUCAGAAUCGGAGUCAGAUUCGGAAGAGGAGAGGAUACGUAGGAAGAAAGAGCGUUCUAAGCCUACCUCGCGUCGUCGGUCACGCUCGAGGGAUCGUGAACGUGAAAGGGAUAAAGAUAGGGAUAGGGAUCGAGACCGCGGGAAGGAUAAAGACAGGCGUCGGAGGUCUCCAGACCAUCGGGAUAGAGACCGAGAUGAUAGAAAAGAGAGGGACCGUGAUAAGGAUAAAGAUAGAGAUCGAAAGGAUAAAAAGGAUGAAGGUAGAAGACGAAAAGACGAUGAAGAUCGAGAAAUUGAAGCGGCCAACGCGUUACGUAAAAAAUUGGGCUUAGAUCCACUACAGAAAUGA